UAUCCUUCAAUUAUAUUUCGACCCCAGACUACACACUAUUUCGACAUUGACUUGUGAUUGACUUGACAUCAAAAUAAGAAGACAGGUUAGUGUUUAUCAUAUGCAUUUACGUGUGGAUUAAAUUUAUUAAUAUUAGCCCAAAUAUUAAUCUGCGAAAUUAUUAAAGUAUCCAGAGAUAUCAAGGAAUGCUAUAAUUGGCGUACAGUAACAACAACAGGUAAAGAUCGAAAUGGCUGAGGAGCUUUCCAAUGGUGAUAUAUGCAGAGUAUGUCGUUCAGAAGGGGGUGCAGACCGACCCCUAUUCCAUCCGUGCAUAUGCACUGGAAGCAUUAAGUGGAUUCAUCAAGAAUGCCUGGUGCAAUGGAUGAGAUAUUCGAGGAAAGAAUACUGUGAACUAUGCAGUCAUAAAUUUUCUUUUACUCCGAUUUAUUCGCCCGAUAUGCCCAGAAGAUUGCCAGUAAGAGAUCUAGUUUCCGGCCUACUAUCAUCGGUCGCUACUGCUGUUAAAUACUGGCUUCACUACACAUUGGUCGCUAUUGCUUGGUUAGGGGUGGUACCACUAACAGCAUGUAGAAUAUACCGAGCAUUAUUUGCAGGUACUGCUGAUGCUAUACUUACUUUACCAUUCGAGAUGCUUUCAACAGAAAAUAUCGCAGGAGAUAUCUUUCAAGGAGGCUUCGUGGUAUCUUGUACGCUUUUCGCGUUCGCUGGACUGGUUUGGUUAAGAGAACAAAUUCUUCAUGGCGGAGGGCCAGAUUGGCUGCAGCGGGAUGAAAUGGUUCCUGUUGGUGAUAAUCCGCCCCGUGUUUUACAAAACAUACCGGAAGAACUGCAGGACAAUGACGAUAUAAAUGAAGGGGUUGUUAUUCAAGAAGAAGGCGAACCACUUCAAGAAAACCAGGAUCAACGGGAACAAGAUGGUAAUAUAGGCGAAGAUAACAACUGGAUUCCUAUGGAAUGGGACAGAGCCGUUGAAGAAAUCACAUGGGAGCGGCUUCUGGGCUUGGACGGGUCACUUAUGUUCCUAGAGCAUGUGUUCUGGGUGAUAAGCCUGAAUACUCUAUUCAUAAUAAUAUUUGCUUAUUCCCCCUACCACAUGGGGGUCUUAACUUUGAAUCUGUUCAAUUUGCAAGAGUAUGCUUCUGAAAGUCAUUUCGAAGGAUUGGUUACUACUCUCGUGGGCUAUAAUAGUGUCGGUUUGUUGUUUUUGGUUUUGCACAGAUUUUCAGGGUGGUUCGGUUUAUUUGCAGCUAAAAGAGUGUUAGGUCUUUGCUAUGUCGUUGUGAAAGUUGCGAUGCUGUCGGUAAUAGAGAUCGGAAUUAUUCCGUUGGUAUGCGGUUGGUGGUUGGACAUUUGUUCGCUGAAUAUGUUUGAUGCCACUUUAAAAGAUCGAGAACAAAGCUUUCGGGCGACGCCAGGUACAUCCAUUUUUAUUCAUUGGCUUAUUGGCAUGGUCUAUGUAUAUUAUUUUGCAUCUUUUAUACUUUUAUUGAGAGAAAUUGUGAGACCUGGGGUUCUAUGGUUUUUAAGAAACUUUAACGACCCGGAUUUCAGUCCUAUUCAAGAGAUGAUUCAUCUUCCUAUUCUGGAACACAUCCGAAAGCUUAUUAUUUCAGCAGUUAUCUUUGGUAGUGCCGUCCUUCUAAUGCUCUGGCUGCCUGUGAGAAUCAUCAAAAUAAUUCUUCCAACUUUUCUACCUUAUACCGUUUCUCUAAACACCGAAAGUCAAGUGAACGAGCUUAGUCUAGAACUGUUACUAUUGCAAGUGAUAUUGCCUGCACUACUUGAACAAUCGCAUACCAGAGUGUGGUUAAAAGCUUUCGUUAGGUGGUGGUGCAAAAUAAUAGCAUGGGCAUUGAACUUGCACUCGUAUUUGCUGGGAGAUCAAGCAACUACUAACGAAAAUGUAAGAGACAAUGCAGACAGGCCAGACAAUGUUCCUGGUCAAGAUGGUGGAAAUCUAGGAGCUGUACAUCAAGCCUUAUUCAUGAUGGAACCCCCCACUGGAUAUCAACCAUACCAGCGUCCAAAAUUCUUUCACGCUCGCUUAUUCUUUUUAUUAGUAACAGUGUGUUGCUCUCUGGUGUUAUUUUCGGUUAUGGCUCUCACUGUGCCAGUUUGGUUAGGGCGCCGCGUUAUGACGCUGUGGCUUGUUGGAGCACCGCCUCCAGGUCCCCAAAUAUCCGCUAACGCAGCCAAUACUGAAGUUAAAGUGCACGAGCUGUACACCGCUGCAUGUGGGCUGUAUUUAUGCUGGGUGGCAGCUCGUGCGGUAACUUUGGUUUCAAGUUGGCUGCCGCAAGGAAGAGCCGCGAUGUUAGAUAGAUUGAAGCAAUGGUGUUUGUUGGGAUUGAAGACCAUCGCGGCCAGUGCUUUGCUACUAGGAGUUAUUCCGCUUUUGUUCGGUUUGCUUUUAGAGUUGGUCGUAAUAAUUCCAUUACGCGUUCCAAUUCAUCAGACGCCAAUUCUUUUUAUAUGGCAAGACUGGGCGCUUGGCGUUCUCUACACCAAAAUUGCCUGCGCCGUUACUAUAAUGGGCCCUGAUUGGUUUUUGCGAGCAGCUAUAGAACGAGCCUACCGUGAUGGCAUUAGAGACAUGCACUUGUCCUUUGUUUUCAUGGAACUUGCUCUGCCCGUUAUAGUAUGUCUAGGCUUUGCAUUAGCAAUACCAUAUGUAAUGGCUUAUUCAAUAAUUCCGCUAUUCGUCACGAACUUACAGUUCAGAAAUGUAAUUGCUCGAAGGCUGUAUCCGUUCCUACUUCUAGUAGCCACAGUAAAUACUAUCAUAGUUUUGCAAAUUAGACAAUUCAAAAAGUUGUAUGAGCAUAUUAAAAAUGAUAAGUAUUUAGUAGGGCAAAGGCUGGUGAAUUAUGACCACAGAAAAACUAAAUCUCAAACUUCUGCAACUUAGAAUACGGAAGAGUUUUAAGUCUGUCUUUUGAAAGCGCUUGAUUUGUGAGUUAUGAUGUUACUGCUAUUGUGUUUGUUUUUUCUAUGACAAGCACUGUAUUUUAUUAAACUUUUAGUCAAAAGUCGAUUUUCUGCAGAUUAUACUUCAGAAUCUAAUACAUUUACAGAACUAUAUAAUGCAAUUACAUCGAACAAAACAAUUCAAAUAGCCACAACAUCAUAGCUGAAGUCCUGUAAAAAAGCUUGUAUCAAGUUUAGUUGUAAAUGAAUAUUAUUAUGGUAUUGAUGUUGUCAAUGCAGUAAGACUUGAAAUUUAGGUUCUAAGAGAAUAUGAAUUGCUUAUUAUAUUUGUUAAAGGAACAGUGAGGCUAAGAACUGUAGAGAAGACAUUACUUAAAUACCUGCAAUUACGGAAUGUUUGAAUAGUCAACAAGGUUUCUACAUAAUGACUGUUCUAUGAUAUAUAUGAUUAAAUAAUUCUGUGAUAUACGUAAUUCACUAAACCUUUAGUUAAAAGAUGGUCCUUAAAAUUACAAUUUGAAAGUGGCACGGAACCAGGUUUUUAAUGUAAAUAUCUGUAUCUAAAUUCAGAGAUUGAACGUAGGUUGCUUAAGCUUCAGAUUCAUUGAUCAGUUCAGGUAAUAGUUCUUUUUUGUAAAAUUUACGCUUAACGACUACUGUUCAGUGUAUUAUAAUAAUUUUAUCAGGAUUUCUACAAAAAUAUAAUUUUUAUGACAAGGUUUUACCAUAUAUACAUGCUGAAAGCGAUAAUAGAAACCUAACCUUGAGAAACCUUAAUUUUUCGUUUAUUUCCGUUUUAUUAUUUCAGAAUCAGCCCUACAAAUUAAUUGUAUUACUUAAAACAGUUUAAUUUUCGGAAUAUAGUCGCUCGUAUUUCGAUUAACCAUUAUAUAGACGAUUUUUUUCACUGUGUAAAAAACCUAAAGCAUUGUAAUCUGUAAUUGUUCCGUUAUAUUAUUUGGAUCUGGAUUUUCCUCAGAAAUAAAUAUUUUUAUUAAACAAAAUUUGUGACAUCGUGUGGACCUAAUUUUUCACUGUAUUCAGUGUGUCCCAAAUUUGAUCCCCCGUUUUAAUAUCAAAUAAAAACACUAAGAAGUAAACUAGCACAGUUUCAGAAGUUUUUAUAGGGAUUUGAAUUUUCCAAAAAAGUCAAGGUUAAAUGCUACCAAUUUAGGUGAAUUUAUGAAAAGUUAAACUUGAAUGUUUGGUUUUUUUUCAAAUAUUUGAAUACUUAUUGGGAUGCUUAAUGCAUUUUUACACCAAUUUAUCCGCGAAAUAUUUUUAAAAAAUUGUAGUCUUCUUAGUUUUACUGUGUUGAAAUAUACCUUUGAUUCAUUUCAAAGGUGUAAUUUGCUCUAGGGCGCAUUGGCUAAAUAAACGCAUUUGUAUAGCGCAAAGCAAAAGUGUUGACAAAUGAAAAAACCCAAUUAUUUUUAAAAACUAAUUACUGAUUAACACCUGGAAAAUCUGCUCUCUUUGAUGCGAAAAAUGGAUUGGUCAUUCUGAAAGUAUUUAUUUGGCAAGUGAUUCAAGCGAGCAUGAAUCCGGUUGACGCAAAUAAACUUUCUAACUCGAUAAUUUAUUAACAAUGUGAUUAAAGGAUGUAGGCGGUUCAGGCGUUGAUGUUCUGAUAAUAUCUUAACGUUUACCUAGUCUGUCUACAAUAAAGUCCCAGUAUAGAUAUAGAUGCAUGACAACUUCGUCUAUAAUUUUCCCAUGUAAACGUCGAAAAUUUGCUAAUUCUGAAAAUUAUGGUGAUUAAAACCUACACAUCUCAAAACAUUUGUAAGAAAAUUUAUGAAAAACAGAAAUUUAAUAUUGCAAUAAAAUAAGUAAAGUUGCUGCAGCUUUGCUAAUAUAACCUUUCGUCGAGCCUUUUGUGCUGCUGGGAAUCGAAUUUGAAACACACUGUAUAUAUUUGUAAAGCUAAACAUUUAUUCAACAUCAGCAUAUUCUCAUGUUUUCCACGGUUACUUUAGAUUUCCUGUGAGCGACAAUCGCAAUGCUUUAUAGGUUUUAUUAUGUCUAUUUUCGUAAAAUAACUUGAAAUCUUAUUUACGCCAUCAUCUAACAAUAAUUACUGUUAUAAAUUAACACUACUAGUUUUGGUUGGAUUGUUUAAGGGUCCAUUAUCCAAAAUAGUGCUAAAAUUCUGGUUUGGCAGUACAUAGUGUAUGUCAUAAAAUCCAGAUGUACUAAAUAGGUUCAGUUAAUAGAAAUACGUUUUAGAAACUGGUUUCAUUAGGCAAGUGCCUCAGUGAUCAGAUUUUAAAAAUCCACACCGUAUUUCGCUUAACUAUAUUCAGCACAAUACUUAUUUUCAUUCAAAUUCCUUAAUCACAUUUCCAUUACUGUAAAAUCUGUAAAUUUAAAGUAAGAUAUACUAUAAUAGCAUUAUAUAGUGAGUGUCUGCGAAUUAAUUAAUAUAGCUAAAAAGAUACAAUAUCCGCUACUGUUUUUUCCCCAAACCUAUAUGUAGAGAUAGGUUUUAGGUACGGUUAUUAAUUCGUAGACGCUCUACAGAAUAGUUGGAUCAGAUCUGCAUAUUUAUAAAAUCAUUAAGUAUUAA